AUGUCGAAGCCGGGAUUCAAAGACGUCGACUUUGGUGCCACACCAGAGAAGCAAAUGGACACUCCGCCAGAUUCCCCUGAGAAGACGACACACCCCAAGUCCUUCCCCAUUCAACGCAAGAAGCCGGAUAACAUCUGCACCAGCCACGCGGUCCAUUCCAGACAAGACAACCUAGGCGAAGGCCACAAACGGAACGUGAGCUGGGCCGGCCUCGGACACGAUCUUAGCAUCCCGAUAUCACCCACCUCCCACAACACCAUCGAGGUCCCGGCGCUGAGGUCUCCCGACGCAGACUCGACGCAGUUCUUCCACCACCUCUCGGGAUCACCGUCCCUCAGAGAGCGGAGGGUGUCCCGCAAUUCAUUCGGCGCCUCACUGCCCAUUCCAAAGUCCAAGAGGCAGUCACGGCUCAGUAGCGUCACAUACCCUGCUGAGGUCAGAGAGGCGCUCAUCAAGGAUGGAAAACUUGGCGGCGCGGUGCAACCGUCACGCAACAUCCUGACGUCGCAGGUGCAAGAUGUACUCGCCCACAAGGUGGCGGCGGCCAAGAACAUGGCUUUCGUCUUCGACAUUGACGGCGUGUUGGUGCACGGAGAUCGGCUCAUCCCGCAGGCCAAGCGGACGCUCGAGAUGCUCAACGGCGACAACGAGCUGGGCAUUAAGAUUCCGCACAUCUUCCUGACUAAUGGCUCAGGCAAGCCCGAGAAGGCGCGCACCGAGCAGCUGUCUAGAAUCCUCCAGAACCCCAUCAGCACAGAGCAGUUCAUCCAGAGCCACACGCCGAUGCGCGCCCUGGCCGAGUACUACCACACGGUCCUGGUCGUGGGCGGCGAGGGCUACCGGUGUCGCGAGGUCGCUGAGGAGUACGGCUUCAAGGACAUCAUCGUGCCGAACGACAUCGUCGCUUGGGACCCGUCUAUCGCGCCGUACCGCGUCUUCACCGACGCGGAGCGCGCGUCUUCGCGCCCGCGCGACUUCUCUCGGGUCAACAUCGACGCCAUCCUCGUCUUCUCAGACUCGCGCGACUACGCGACGGACAUGCAGAUCAUUGUCGACCUGCUGCGGUCCGAGAAAGGGCGGCUUGGGACCCUCGCCAAGGAUCCCGUGUCGCAGCGCAUCCCCAUCUACUUCUCGCAGGGCGACCUGCUCUGCCCGACCGAGCAUCCGUUCCCGCGCAUGAGCCAGGGCGCCUUCCGCAUCGGCCUCGAGGCCAUGUACAAGGCUCUGACGGGUGUCGAGCUGGAGCGCGUGGUCUACGGCAAGCCCGAGCUGGCGACGUACAAGUACGCCGACGAGGUCAUCGCCUCGUGGAUGGACGUCCUUCACGGCGAGGAGCGCGUGCCGCAGAACGUCUACAUGAUUGGCGACAACCCGGCCUCCGACAUUGUCGGCGGCAACAUGUACGGGUGGAACACCUGUCUGGUGCGCACGGGCGUGUUCCAGGGCGGUGACAAUGACGACGAGAACCCGGCCAGCUUUGGCGUCUUUGACAACGUCUGGGAGGCCGUCACGGCCGCCUGCCGGAAGGAGCUGGGCGACGACUUUGGGUUCAAGUGGGAUGAGCGCGUGGUGAACCCGGUGAUGCACGACAUGCAUGCUGCGUCGGCGAUUGAAGUUUGAGGCACACGGUCUGGCAAUGGCGUUUGGGAUGGGAUUUGUCACGCGUAUUCGGCUUGUAGGACCAGGAAGGAAAAAACAACAGGAUAAAUAUCGAGAUUACCUUUAGAUACCAACCUCACAGCAAGUAUACUGUGCUGGCUAG